AUGUAUCCCAUAUUAACAACGCUGCUAGCAGGCACACUGAGGACAUAUCAAAAGGCGGGCUGCGAUGCCGAAUACAUUGCAUUAAGCUGUCCACGUGGUACGAGCAUAUCAAUCGAAAUAGCCCAAUAUGGAAAUACGCUCAAAGAUGGUCCCGUUUCUAGUAUGUGUCCACCACGAACUGAUCAAACAAAAGUCGAUACGACUCGUACCGAGGACACCGAAAUUGAAGUGAAACCACCGGAGAGUUGCUUGACCUAUCAAUUACAGUAUGCGCUGUUACAGAUUGUGGUGGAAGCUUGCCAAAAGAAGAGACAUUGUAAAUUUUUGGCAUCGUCACGAACAAUGAACAACGAUCCAUGCCCGGAGACGACCAAAUUCAUUGAAAUUGCAUACAAGUGCCGUCCGUAUGAAUUCCGCAGCAAGGUGGCUUGUGAAAAUGAUACUAUUCAAUUAGUAUGCAAUCCGUACUCAAGAAUUGCUGUCUAUAGCGCCAGCUUUGGCCGGACAUCAUACGAGAGCAUUCAAUGUUCUCAACCGCAAGGCGUUAUGGAGGAAUCUUGUUUGGCUUCAUAUGGAACCGAGACUGUUAUGCAAUUGUGCCACGGAAGGAGAAGGUGUACCAUAUCGGCCGAUCGUGCAAAUUUUGGCAAUCCAUGCCGACCCGAAUCUAGAGUCUAUCUCAAAGUCGUUUACACCUGCAUACCGCGAAAAGUAUUAAAGGAUCAAUUUGAUGCAUCGGUUGAGCCAGAUGAACCGCAACAAAUUGAUAUGGAUCAAAAUCAAGAUGAUUUAUAUGAUGAAGAUCAAUUUUAUCGUGAAUCAGAGGCAAUACCGCCGGCACCGAAGCUACAUCGUGAAUUGGCCACAUCAUCGGAUAUGCCAACCUCAUUAAGUGAACCGUCGUCCAGUGUAAAUCCACCAUUGCGGUCGAGAGACAGCAAUCAACUUGAAGUGCCCUUUGUUAAUCCAAACUCACAUUCAAAACACGAUCAUGAUCAUACAUUAAACCAACCAACAAUGCAAAAUAUGACCUCAACGGAUAUCGAAGCUAUAGGUCGCUCAAUCAAUCAUAACAAUGCGUUUCAUAAUGGUGGUGACGCCAACGCUUCUGCUUUUGAUGCUGCUGGUGGUGGUGGUGGUGGUGCCACCGUUGCAACAUACAUUUCUAGUAAUAGUAACAUUCAAACGAACACAAACAGCAUAUUUAUGCCGGCUUCUACGUCGAAGUAUCCAAUCAAACAAAGCACAAUUGCCGAGGAUUUCCGUGAACGUUUCAUAAACAUUAUAGCCCAAUGGAUAAGAGCAGUUGUUUACUUAGCACAAAACCAAGAGAAGUUCUUUUUGUAUUUGUUCAUAUCGGUAACAGUUGGUGUGUUACUGUGUUUAACGCUUGUGAUUGGACGAUUGGUGUUACAAAAACGGCAAAUAAAAUCCGAUAAAAAAUCAUCGCCGAAAAAUCAAUCGCAAAAUGGCGGUAACACCAGUGAAACAACCAUACCGAAUGGAUUUUCCGACGAUAUAUCUGAAAUUGAUGGUGAUAUCGACAUGACAACAACAACACUUCCUGUACCGAGUGUGUCACGCAACGAGCCAAACUACGGUUCGUAUGCUCCAUCACCGAGUCCCUACAGCAAUCUCGGUCCGUCAAACAUAUCACACACGUCAACCACAAUGUUAGUGCCAACCAGUUCGAUUUUGACCACCGGACAUCAUGUUCCAUCGAUAAUUGGAUCAGCCAAUCCUUUGAUGUAUCCGCCACCAUCAGUUGCACAUAUGGGUCCGAGAUUGACAACAAAUUAUCCACCAACUGUCGGCUUUAUGAAUCCAUCAAUAUUGACCGCUGGAGGCACACUACGUCGUCCACGCGUCGAAUAUGAUUCGGCUCCACCACGUAUCCUCUCGAAAAUUGACAUUGAACCGCAAUUCUAUUACGGAUGACCUUUAUUGAGUAACAAAAUGUUAUCAUCACCGACAACAAGCGAUGCCGCCGGACUCGGCACCAACACCACCACAUCGUCGCCGAAAACUACUAUGAAUACAAUAGCCAUGCAAAAUAUCGAACGAACCGGCACACCAACAUUGUCAAUAUCAACAACAUCACCGACAUCGACGUUGACCAAAAAACUGCCACCAAAAAAUCCAUUGACCGAAGAUCAGCGUUCGAAUAAAAAUACCGUUGUACUUUGUCCACCUAGUCGUACAUAUUGUUUCUAGAAUCAAAUCAUUUUGCAGAAAAAUAAUCUGCAAUUCGAUGACUUAGUGUUUUUGUAAAGAUUUUUUCUGCCCCAUUAUUUCGUUUCUACUCUACUUAAAAAAUAAAUUCACAAAUAAAAAGCACAUAUAUUCAUUACAAUUGCUUUCUGAGUUGAUGAUAUAACUGAGUUUUCAAGCAUUCUACUGACACAAUUGACAUCAUGGCAUACCAUGCAGUGCAAUUUUUCAUUUUGAAAAUAGAAGCGGACUUCUCUUCAGCAGAUUAAAAAAAAAUGAGAAAAAAAUGAAAGAAAAAAAGCAUAUUGUCGAAUAUAUUUCUUUAAUAAUCUUAAGUGAUACACCGUGUACAUUUUUUUUCGGGAUAAUUUCGAAAGACUUUUACGUAAAUUAGGUUAAUUUAAGGAAUCAAACUAGAAAACUUCUUGUAAAUGAGAUAUUUAUUUAAUAAGUUAAUGAAAAGCGAGUUAAAUAGCUGAAGAAAAAAAGUAAAAUAAAGUUAUAUACAAUUUAAGGGUAUAAGUAGAGAGAAAUUACGUUAAGCUAUCAAGAAGAAAAAGAAGAAGGUACCAGAUGAGAAAUUUUUUAUGUGAGAGCAUAGACAGACGAAAUUCAUUUGUUCAGGCAAAUGUUGAAGAUAUAUAUUGCAUUUUGCGACAGCAGCGGCAAAACACAAUAAGAUACCAUAACAAUUAAGAAAGCUGUCAUUUGAUGAAAAUUAAUAUAAUGAAUAUAUUUGAUUGCACUUAACACAUGCACUCCUGAUUAAUAUAUACACUCUAUAAACUACAAUACAUAAACUUAAUAAUUAAACAAUAAAUGAGAAUUUUGAGAGAUCGAGCGCUUACGCACUCAGCACAUCUGCAGAAAAUCGAAAAUGUGUAUAUGUGUUAGGCGUUUUUAAUUGUUUAAGCGAACAGGGUAGUGUGUGAGAAUAAGAAUAUAUAUGAGAAUGCGAACAUAAAUCAAAUCUCUAACUUUAAAGAGUGAGCAAUCAAUCAAGUUGAAAAGUUUCGUUUAUAUUUUUUGAUUUGUGCGCAUUUCAUUGUGAUUUUAUAAGCGACGGGGCAGGGGAUGGGCGGUGUAUGAACUAAAGGCACAGAAUGUAAAGGGGAAAUGUCGUCAAGUUUUUCCGUUUCUCAAAUCUUCAUCUAUAAUAGUUUCUUAUCUUCCGGUUGUUACAAAUGUUCGGCGACGACGGCGACAGUAAUGGCGGCAACUUGAAAACGAUUCGCCAAAGAUUUAUGAAAAGUCACACAAAUAAAAAUAAAAUUUUUGCAAAAUGCGCAAAGUUUUCUGAGCGUUCAAAGAAGAGAAAAACGUAUACUUUCAAGUUGUGGAAACCACUUCGCUGUCGGAAUGAAGAAGAUGCAACCAAAUGAAUGCAUAAAUUUAAAUUUCCACUGGGACGAAGUAAGAAAUCAGUUGUCGUCGAUGUUCGCUUCGCAGUUGAUUUCACGGAUGGGAAGAAAAUCUUUAAAAAUAGAUCUAGUUGGAAUAAAAUAAAUCAAGUUUAUUACUUUUGAUGUGAGUGCGAGAACAAAAAAAAAGGAACAAAAAACGAAGAAACCAUUUCAUUACAAACAAAAAAAAAGAAUUUUUUUAAAAGAAAACACAGGUGCAGAUAUUCGCUGCAUUUUCAUUGUACAUUCUAACACAAUCUAUAUUGUUCUGUUUUCCUUUUCCACAGCUGUACACUCAAAUGAUGUCAGCUAAAGAAUACAUAGAAUUUUACCAAAAAAUAAAUGAAUAAAAACAAGUUUUAUUGUAGUUAAAUAAAGAAGAAUAAUAAUAAUAAAUAAAAUAUAUAUAUAUAUACAUGGGAUACAGCAAAUGAAGAAAAUCUAUACGUAUAUUCGAAACUGCAUAGUAAAUUAAAAUACUUUGAAUGUGAUUGAUUGUUGUUGGGGAUACAAAUUUCAAACUUUGAUAAAUCGGAUUUUUUUAGCAGAUGGUCGAUGGAUUUCGAUGUACUCUCUAUUCAAUCGAAAUACGCAUAAUCGAUACGACACCUAUUGAUUGUCUCUACAUCGACCCCAUUUCACAUACACUAAAUCGAAUAGCGAAAUAUAUUGAAUUCCAAUUUAUGGCCACAAAAUAUGGAAAUACGGAAAAUAUGGAAUGUUCGUCAUCAUUCAAUGGAUCAUCUAUUAUUACCUACCUGUUAUAUGGAAUGCAAUAAUCACCUGAGGUGUUAAAGUGACCUCAAUAUUCAUAAUAAUUUGUGAGAGACCAUGGAAUAAAUGGAAGAAAAAUUGCAUUAAUCACACACACACACACACAUUUACACUUCACACGUAUUCACGGUGAAAAUGUCUAUUUACGUGAAAUAUAGUUAAAACAAACGCAUUCUAGCUAAUAAGGAUUUAGAGCAAACUCUUUGAAAGCAGAAAUCAAAUAUUUAAAUUAAAAAAUAAAUAAAACUACUAUAAUUCACCUUCAAUGGUUAAUUGAUGUAAAUUCAAGAUGAUAACGUUUAACUAUGUAAUAAAAAAAACUUUAUUUUUCAUUUUAAGAGAAAAAAAAACUAAUAUGUUUAUGCGUUUAGUUAAUUUAUAUAUAAAAAAAAAAUUGAAUUGAUUUGAAAAAAAAAUCGAUGUUUGAACCAAGAGAGAGAGGGAUAUUGAAAACUUAUGGUAAUUUUACUGUUUGUUUGCGUAUUUGUAUGCAAAUGUUUGCGAUCUUAUCGAUUUCGUAAUUAUAAUUAGAUUUCAGCAUGCUUUGAAAGUCUAGGACUUUCACACCCCAACAAUGGGUGGAUGGUAUACAAAAAAUUGUAAUCUUUCAUUUCAAUGAGAAAUUAUAUCGGCCGCACGAACGGAACAAUAAUGAAUUAUCAAAACGAUUCUGAAAUCGAAUUAUAAACAACAAAUGGUUUGUCAAAACUCAUUUCGCCAACAUUCUUUUUCUAUUUUCCAGAUUACACAUUCGUCGCAAGCAUUGACGUACAACUACCACGCCAUCCCUCUCUUUUUUCACAUUUCUGAUUUACUGUUUUUUUUUUAAAACAAAUUCAUUGAUGAAAAAAAGUAUAUUUACACGUGACAUUUAAACAAACAAAA